CCUUCCUCACCUUUGACAAGGAGACCCGCACUUGGGUGGCUCCCAAUCCCCAGGCCCAGAUCACCCAGAGGAAAUGGGAUGCUAUUCCAGGAUGGAAUCAGCAAUGUAAGUCCUACCUGGAGGAAAUCUGCAUUGAUUGGCUGCAGAAGCACCUGUCCUAUGGGAAUGAGACGCUGCUGAGGACAGAGCCCCCAGUGGCGACAGUGAGAAGCAAGACAGAGUUGGAGGAUGGGAUGGAGAUGCACAUCUGCCGGGUCCACGGCUUCUACCCCAGGGAGAUCGAUGCCUUCUGGACGAGGGACGGGGAGGUCUGGCUGCAGGACACCCUCCAUAAGUCUGUGGCCCCCAACACGGAUGGGACCUACCACUACUGGCUCAGCAUCCGGAUCGACCCCAAAGAGAGGGGCCGCUAUCGGUGCCACGUGGAGCACGACGGCCUGCUGGAGCCUCUGGACCUGGCCCUGGAAGAACCAAAAUCCAACCUGGGGAUCAUCAUCGGCUGCGUGGUGGCUGCUCUUGUCCUGGUGGGUGUGAUUGCUGGGAUCCUGGUAUUCCUCAAAAGACGUCAAGAUGACUACAAUGCAGUUCCAAGGAGGAACCAGGCCAUUUAGCAGCCUCCUUGCAGCACAAGUGGACAGUCCCAGCAUGAGGAGAGAGGAGAGGAGAUCAGCUUUCUCCUGAAUUAGGCCGGACUCUCCGGAGGAGCCUUUCAGGCCCAUCCUGCAUGCCUGGAACCAGGAUGUAUUU